UUUCUACGCGCACUCAAAAGCGCCGUCUGCAGUUUGUUGACGUCUUGGUGAUACCGGGCUCGGCUGCUGUCGCCGGUGUGUCCGCAUACCGUCGCAGCCGUAUUAAACCUUUGUCCUCGACUUGUGGACGGCGGCUCGGACCGUGAUGGACAUGUCUCGUGCCGGCCUGAGUUGCCCGGGCUGCGGCUCCUCCAACAUUGUUGACGAUGACCUGUACUCCCAGGCUCAGCUGGUGUGUGUGGACUGCGGCUCCGUGGUGUCUGAGGGGACUCUGGCCAACGAACCGUACGGGGGUAUAGAGGUCAGCUACCUCAGAACUACAGCCGUGAAGAAAAGACUGUGUGCGAACCUGAUUAAAGGCUUGGAGCGUGUGAAAGAAUUAGCUCGGCUUCUCAGGGUUCGCGGUGAAAUUGAGGAUCUGGCGCUGACCUAUUUCAAGCAGGCCUAUGAGCAUGAGAACUUCAUCAAAGUGAGUCUCCAGAGGAAAGAGGUUCUGGCAGGUUGCUGCGUGCUCCUGAGCUGCAGACAGCAGAACUGGCCCGUCACCCUGGGAACCAUCGGCUGCCUGCUCAGCGUCGACCAGAUGGUGGUGGGCGCCCUUUAUCAGGAGAUGCUCAAGGUCCUCAACAUCACAGCUCCCAUCUUCAAUGUCACCGACGUCAUCGAAAGCCACUGUCAGGAGUACAAGAUAAGCUCCCUUCAUGUUCCGGAGGAAAUGGCGGAGAGCUCGGAGGAUUUGACCAAGCGAGCCGUGGCGCUGGUGGAGCUGGCAGCAGACUCCUGGAUCGUGACCGGCAGGCAGCCGCUGCCGAUCAUGAUGGCUGCAAUUUAUCUAGCCUGGCAGUCGUUGAACCCCAACAAGCAUCGCAUCAAACUGUCUCUGGAUAAAUUCUGCCAGAUGGCCAAAGUGCAGCGGCACAGGCCCGCUCUCACCAGAGUGGCCGAGUUAAAGCAGGUGCUGUGUAAGCUGGGCAAAGAAAUCCCAUGGGUCUCAGAGAGGGUGACGCCGGAAAACGUUCUCCUGCAAGUGGGCGAUAUUCUGGAGUACAGGUACGCUCUGCUAAGGAGGGCUCUGAGAACCCACGCAGACGCUCUGGAGGCGGAGGGUUUAAAUACUCCCACUGGGGAGACGGCUAACCCCGAAACCUCUGAACGGGGAGGUCAGAGUCCCGAUGCUUCUGCGGUGGAAGCGUGUGCUCCGAGUGCAGAGAGGGCGGAGCACGGCGGAGGAGGGGACGCCAACCCGGACUCUCUGUCAGCGCAGAGUGACCCGCAGAGCCAAGAUCCAGCAGCCAACUGGGGGAAGAGGAUGCUGUUUGCUCCGCCGUGCGUCCUCCACGCCAAGAGGAGGAGAGCGGAGCAGCCUGAGCUGCACGUGACCGGAGAUGAGGAAAUCUCUGACAGCGAGAUUGAGUCGUACAUCCGCAGCCCACAGGAAGUCAGAGACUUUGCUCUGACUCAGCAGAAGCUUUCUUCACCUGAUGCUUGAACUUUCUUUUUUUUCCACAAAGGAUUCACAUAUUUUCUUAUGUAUAAUUUAUUUUUUGACAGAUUUCUAACUUGUUUUUUUUGUUUUUUUCUGUUCAAUUAAAAAACUGACUGCACUAGCUAUUGAUGUGCUGGUAUCCUCUUCACCAGAGCUUUUUCCACAUAAACUAAAAUGAGUUUAAUGGUGAUUUAGUAGUGGGUUCACUGACAUCGGCAUUUGGUUGUUCGGAAUUCUAUUGUCAUUGAAUAGAAGCUUUGUUGGAAAAAAACAAUGCAC